AACAAAAAGGGGGCCAAUAAGAAGUCUAGCCUGAUCACGUGCCUGCCGACAGCUUCACCUGAUAGGGCGUCGCUCCAAAAAUGGACAGCAGGGCCCAGCCUUUCGGAGGCGCAAGGGGGCGGGGCCUAUGUGGGGCAGGGUCGAAUCAGGAGGCAGGCUGUUCUUCCCUUGCUCAGAGAGGAACCGCUGCUCUCUUGAGAUGCUGCCGGAGUCCGGGGAAAGAAGAAAGCAUGGGAAUAUAGAGAUAAACUAUUAGAAGUACAAGAAGACUGUUGUUUUUGCCCAAAUACAAGUGUGUCGCCCUUUCCCCUUGCCUUGAUGUGUUGGGGAAACUGAUUUGUGCUGCGCAGAGGAAGCCUGUAACUGGAGGACCGUGGAAGGUUACUACCUUGAAGACUGUGUUGGAGAAGACAUGGCUCUGACUCUUGAAACAGAGUCGCGGAUCUAUCGCUCCCUCAGGACUAUCUUUGGUGCUACUGCACACCUAGUUUCACUUGGAUUUACCAUCUUUGUGGCUGUGCUUGCAAGACCUGGAUCAAGUUUAUUUUCCUGGCAUCCCCUCUUGAUGUCUCUUGCGUUUUCCUUCUUGAUGACAGAAGCGCUGUUGGUUUUCUCUCCAGAGAGCUCCCUGCUUCGGUCCUUCUCGCGCAAGGCCAGGGCCCGCUUCCACUGGGCUUUGCAGCUGCUUUCUCUGACCUGUGCAAUACUGGGCUUGGCUAUCAUCUCCUAUAACAAAUACCUCAAUGGGAAGGACCACUUUGUCACGUGGCAUGGCCAGACAGGCUUGCUGACGGUGUUUUAUGCUAGCAUGCAGUGCAUGGGCGGAGUUGCUCUACUCUACCCCAAGCUGAUGAAGAACUGGACAUUAGGCAAACUGAAGCUUUACCAUGCCACGUCAGGGCUGAUUGGGUACCUGCUUGGUUGUGCCAGUUUGAUGCUAGGCAUGUCUUCCUUGUGGUUUACUGCAGCGGUGACUGGAGUCUCCUGGUAUCUCUCCAUCCUGUGUCCUAUCCUCACCAGUUUGGUUGUGAUGAACCAAGUGAGCAACGCCUACCUCUACCGCAAGAGAAUUCAGCCUUGAAAAAAACACUCCCAAGAGAUACUUUCUGAGAUCCUUGAAAGCAUCCCACAUCUUCUUUUAAGGAGUUCAGCUUUAUCUGACGAUAACUUUGGCAUUUAAAAAAAUACUUCUGACUUCCUCCCACUGUUGAAAUCCUGCAGCAACGGUGUAAGGGUCCAUACAGUGUUCUGUGUGCAUCUCCCUGAAAUUGUGGUAUUGAGUAGUAACCCAGAAGCAGUGUGCUACUGCCUCCCCAUGAAAGGAAACAAAUUACAUAGACAUCUCUCAGUUCAGCUAACUUGCAUAAAGACAUACUUCACUUGCCCUAGAUUACUCCCCAUUAGUAAAGUGGUUGGCCCUCGGAGGUGGUGGUCUGAGGAAUAGGUGGAAUUGUGUAACUUCCUUUCUGUGUUCCCUUCAGUACAGUAUCUACCUGUGUAGAGGCUAGACGUCUCCCCAGUUUUUAUUUUUACAUUUCUUUGGACAAACUGAAUCAAGUGGACAAAAUUGUUAGCUGCAUCAACACUCAUUAUGUAGUGUGUGGUAGACUAACACUACACUACAGUUGACACAUAUGUAGCUUUGGAAAUAUUGCUUUUUGUACCACAACAUAAAAACCCUCCACCCAGCAGAGCCAGUGGUCCUGCUAGCAAGGGCUGAUGGUAGUGCUUUCCUGAAUUGUUGUUUUUCUGUCCAAGACUUCUUUGGGCAGCUACAUGAGAAUAAGCCUCACUGAAUGCAGUGGGCCAUACUUUCAACCGAUCAUGCAUGUCUAAGGGUCCCCCUCGUUGCAGGCAGGCUGACUGGCAUAUACCCUGUCCAUUGUGAGGUCCUGCAGCUUGGUAAUUGUAAUCAUUCAUACUGUGGUAAGAGCACAAGAGCUGGUUUAGUCAGCUGCUAUUCAUAAUCAAGGGAGAUUGUGACCCAGUGAUCAUAUGUACUCAUGACCUCUUGGCGUGGAGAGAAAAAGAAAUGGCUCAGCUCUUUCUCAUCUACAUUUUAUGAUAACCCUUUUCCUGUGUACUAAGUGAAUAGCGGCUUAAUUGCACAGAUUUCUCAGUGAACCAAGCACAAAGUUAGAAAGGCUGUUUUUGUCUGAUGCCAUACUUUGAUUAAACCUUCCCAACAUUUGAUUGUUCAUGAAUAGCAAUAUUUACUUAAUAGGCAAUAUGUUGCAGUCCCAAGCAGGGUGACAUAGUAUUCAAGUAUGAACAGGAAUAUUUUCCCACACUGUUCCAGAAUUCCUCUACAACAGCGGUUCUCAACCUGUGAGUCCCCAGAUGUUUUGGCCUUCAACUCCCAGAAAUUCUAACAGCUGGUAAACUGGCUGGGGUUUCUGGGAGUUGUAGGCAAAAACACCUGGGGACCCACAGACUGAGAACCACAGCUCUACAAGAACGUUUGGGUGCAACUUGCCAUCCAUUCUCGUGUGUAUGGUCAGCAUAUGUGUUAUUCUGGGUGCUUAAUUUUGCAGUGAAGAGCUUUUUUUUUAAAAAAAAAGAAAAGUGAAUUUCAUAACAUUUUCCAGGAAAGUCAUGCAUUUGUAGUUCUGUUGAUGUGUAUCUUCAAGUCAUUGCUAAUUUAUGGCAAUCUUCUCAUUGAAUUUUCUUUAAAAAAUUUGCUGUGAAGGGGUUAGCCCAGGCCCGGGUUAGUCUUUACUUUCCUCUGAGGCUGAGGAAAUGUGAUUUCAGACAAGUUAUUUCUGGGCUAUGAAUAUUCUUGUUUAAUGGUACUGUCUCCCAAAGUUUUCCAGAGCAAGGGCCAGCCUCUGGUGCUUCUUUUGGUAACUGCUUCGAAACUGUUUUCUCCACUCUCUUUAUUUUUCUUUGCAGCAUGUUGAUGCAGGUGUGUGAAAGCUAUGUUUUUGGGUAGUUGGUCAAAGCAAGCUGUCUGUUUUCCACUCAUAAUCAUUCUGUCUUGAGAAAUAAAGGAAAUAAGCUUUUUUGUGCAGGACCAAAAUGAGUAAAGCUAAGGCCCUUUUUUAAUAGUGGAGAAAAGAAUGUGGCUGCAUGGAAGAAUUAUUUACCUUCAUCAAGCUGGUCGUUACUACCCCGUUGAAUCCAGGUGACACAGUUAAAUCUUGCUUUCAAAUGUACUUAAUUUAAAAUCAGCUUUGGUUGGAUUAGGGCCUUUGACUGCAACCCUUAGAAUGAAAUCCUGCCCACAGAAUAUUAAAGACACAGGGUGGAAGACUAUUGCCUAUAGCAAGAUAUUUUGGAUCUUUUCCAGAAGUGUAGUAGGCAUGGAGUGAGUUUUUUUUUAAAAAAAGAAUUACUUAGCAUUAAAAUGUCUAAUUUUUAAUGGUGUAUAGCUAUGCAACAUUAUUUGCUUCAUCAUAAAUUUUACCAUGUAAUGCAAUAUUCCAAGCUUUCCAGGCUUUAAAAGAAGGGUCCUUUGCCAUUUUAAAUGGUGCUAAGUUGUUCUCAUCAUUUCUUUGUUAGCUUGAGAGCAGCCUUCUCUUGGGCAUCAACAAUGUGUGUUUUAACUUGCCAUCUUCUCCUUCUCCCUGCUUACCUGCAUUAACCUGGUUGAAAUAAUUGUGGCUUCAGUUAGAGCUGACAUGGCAUUUCACACAAAUAUUGUCUUUACAGACACUUCCUGCAUUUAUCCAUGUCUGAAGCUGCCUUGGAUAAAACAAUUGAUAAGCUCACUUGCAGUUUUCACUGAGCAUGAAGGGUCUCUCUGCAUGGCAAAUGAACCAAUCACUGAAACUGGGCAAGAAAAAAAAAACUAACUUCAGGAGCACAGACUGAAAGGGAGCUUUUAAACAGCUGCAGAAGUUCUGUUGUGUUGCUACUUGUACAUUCUCUUUUGAUCCACUUGGCAUCAUUGUUAGAUGAGGAGGGAGUUGUCUUAGCCCGAGCUGGAAAGUUUUGUUCAACACAUUCCCUUUAAAUUAUGCAAGAAUCCUGUCCUCCAUGCAUCUCAUACUCUACUCAUUAGGGCAACUGUGAACAGCAUUUCGGAAAACCUAUUGGAUACUUGGAAGCUAUCAAGUAAUAAUUGAAUUCAUAUUGGCUAUGGGAAUAGUGCCUGCUCAUUUGACAGUAAAUGAAUGUGCCUGUUUCAUCUGCUGAAACCUUUCUGCAGGUAAGCAGACUGGCUAAAUUUGAUUGAGAUGGUAAAAUAUCGGGAGGAUUCAUAGCUGGUUCAAAAACCAUAGUCAUCAUUCGCUCAUCAUUAAACUGAUUAAUGCUUUUAAGUGAAGUGAUGCAGGGUUUUUGUCAUGGGUUUUAUACUUUUAACUUUGUUAUAUCAGUGAUUAGGAUGAAGGGGUGGAGGAAACCAUUUUCCGAUUCUAAGGGUGACAAUGCUCAGGUAUAAUGUCUGGCAACAACACAUGUGAAAAGGUAUUCUGGUUUGUAGUGCAAGCUAAACACUGAUCAGCUGUUUGAUGUAAUUGAAAAUACAUAUGCAAUUUAAGCCAGCAUUAGUAAUAGUUCUACUUUACUUUGCAAAAAUUAGACUUCAUCUGGUGUCCUGGGUGCUGGUUCCUUGAUUGUGAACACAAAUGGGAGAGGAAGGCAACAGAAAAGCAAUGCAGAAAGCAAGUCACUUGAGGAAAAGUUGAAGAAACUGAGUAAAUAUUAUCUAGAAAAGAGAAUUCUCAAUAAUUGGUAGAAGGCAGUGAUAUAAUUGUUUGGAGAUUAGGAGAAAUGUAGUGGCAAGAGCAAAUUAACAAUAAUAUUACUUAAAACACUUCACAUCAUAGAAAUAGUUGCAUUAUGUGUGAUCAGAAUCAACUACCAAGAGGGAUUUUAAAAAAAUCAAGACCAUUUUUAACGGAUAAUCCUAUCAAUGACUACUAUUCAUAGUGACUGCACACUAACUCCAGGAGUAAAUGCAGCAGGUUCGAAGACCCUUUGCUGGAGAUCAAAAAUAGGACAGGGUUACUGUCCUCUUGUUCUGUUUGUAGGAACCAUGGAAAACAGAAUACUAAGAUAACUCCUUGGUCUACUCCAGGAGGGAACUGAUGUCUUUAUGAGGUCUUCAGACAGAAUCUGGACAACUCUCUACUGGGGAUAUUCUAACUCAAGGUUUUCUGUAGUGAGAAAGAUUUAUACUAUAAAAGAUCUGAAAAGUUCUCUCCAGUUCAGAUUCUAGACUAGAGACUGUUGUACUUUGGCUAUAUUAUAAGAUGUGACUAAUUAGAAAACACAAUUAAUGCUUGGCAAGGUAGAAAUAAACAGAAAUAAAAAAACGGGCCCCUUCCACAUAGCUGAAUAAAAUCCCACAUUAUCUGCUUUGAACAAUGUGGCAAUAUAUGGCAAUGUGGACUCAGAUAACCCACUUCAAAGCAGAUAUUGUGGGAUUUUCUGCCUUGAUAUUCUGGAUUCUCUGACUUUGUGGAAAGGCCCUAAAUUCCAGAUGAAUAGACUCGGGGAAGCCAUUGCCCUGAGUUUGUAAGACCUAAGCAGGGCUGUUGAUGACCAAGUCACUUUGUCAUCAACAGCUCUGCUCAAGUCUUAUAAAUUUACAAAUAUAUCUCAUUCAUAAAAUUGCCAUAGAUUGAAACUGUUGUAAUAGCAGUUUACAAGAAAAUGUAUGUUUUGUUCUGUAUAACUAAGAUGGCACAAGAACAGUUAGGGCAACUAAUCAGGACAACUAUACAGGGAAGCCUUUGGUGCAGACAAGAUUCUCUACAUGUCUGCCUUCUUCCAGGGGACUCAGAUUAUAAGUAACUGUCUCUACUUGCUAUUUUACUAUUCACAAUGGGAGGGGAUUAUGUAACUGUUGUUUAUGUCACACAAAUAGCAAAGCACCCCAUAUUUCAACCGACGUUUUGGGCUUGAAAGGUUUGUGACAAAAGUAAAAGUAAAGAGGUUUUGAAGCUGGCAUUCAAACCUCUUCCCUCAAGACAUACGUACCCUAUCUGAUGUUUUGCCAUGGAUUUACCAACAUAACUGCCACUAACAAAACACUAAACAAAAUGAGUACUGCUGAUCCAUAGCAGAAUCCAGACACAAUACCUGCAGCUGAAAAGACCUUUAGAAAAGAAAUUUCUACAUGAUUCACUCUCCCUAGUUGAUAGAUUAAAUUUCACCCAGAAGCAGAAUUAUAAAAUUGUAUGCAUGAGGACUCUUUACAAGAUUCUCUUUUCAUCUACAUAGCAUUCUGCCUAAGAACCUGCAAGCAUGGCUACAGAAGACUUGAAAAUUGGCCUCUCAAAAUGUCAUUUGUUUAACAAGGCGCCUCAUGAAGCAUCUGGAAACCAUCAAAGAGGGAAAGCACUUCCCUGCUUGCAAAGCCUACCCCAUUCAAUAUAAGGUCAUGAACAAGGACACAACCAAAAGGUACUGCAGCUUUGUAGCAAUGUAAUACCUGCUACAAUUAUACCAUGUUGGCAGUUUCCCACCAUUGACUUAUUCUUGGUUUUCUUUACUAUUGUGCAGCCACUACUGUCUGAUAGCGUUUAUUUAACCUUUUGUCUUCUGAAUUCUCUGUAACAUAUAUAAUAGCCAUUGCUCAUCAACCAUGGUGUUCCUUUGUCUGCUAGGUUUUAUUUAUUAGCCCUGUAUUUCUCAGCUUCUCAAAAAAAGAGCUGUAGAGAUUAAGAACUGGAAGGAAAUAGACCACAAGUUUAUUCAGUCUCUAUUCUACCCUCUGAGACACAAUAAGAACCCAUUUUUUUUCAACUCCCAUCUCUAGCUUCUAUGAAUCUUGCAAAAUUAAUGAUAAAUCUGGACUUUUUGCAAUGUAAACAGCCAAAGUCCACAUGCUUCAAUUUAGAUAUUUUUCAGUGUGGUAACUUGCACUUAAAUGUUUUGCAGUUAAAUCAGUAAUAAAUUCAACAGCUUACACUCAGUACAUUGGGAUCAGCUACAGGCAUCCUCCUGUUCAGCAUAAUUGGAAUCCGGCCUAAACUGUUACUGUCACAUUGCAUUUAUCUUUUCUGCUUAUUCUCCAAAAUCAAACCACCUGCCAUUCAGAAAGAGACUGGAAUGGCUGAACUCUGACAGCUGCACAAACCUAUUACAUUUCGAAGAAGUGUCUAUUAAAGGACAAUGAUCACAAACCUCUUUUAAAAACUGAAGCGGAAAUUACCCCCAUACAAGGCAUCCUCAAGCUCAUCUGGCACUUCAGCAAUCAGUCCUUCUAAUGCGCAUAAUUAGCAGACAGGCAGUUAAGAUAAACAGAUACCUCAUCCAAGAUGACAUUUUGAUACAGAAAUCCCACAAAGUAAACUUAGCAUUAAAGAGUAAUGGGGAGUAUGAUGUAGGAGUAUUCCAUUGCAAAACUGUAGCAUCAUUCUUUCCUCUCUUUUUUUAACCAUUAACUUACUAGAGCAUUUUAUGAACACAUCAUAUUCAGCAAUUACACAAUCAGUUUUCACCAUAGUAAUCAAUUUAGGAUUGAUAGAAAUUGGAUGCUGACUGAAGCAGUUCUCAACAGAUGUACCCAUUAAGCAAAAACCUACUUUGUUCUGCAACUUAGUGUCAGAUCAUUCACCCCGGGACUUGGCUAGAGGAGACCUCAGGAAAACCCCCACUCAGCCUCAAAGUUCCCUGGAUGAACCUGGGGAAGUCAGUAUAUGUCAUCCUAUUCUGCCUUUAGGGCUUCUAUCAAGAUGAAAUGAGGUGAAGAAAACACAAUUUAGAUUCAACCCUGUUAAAAUGUCAUAAGCAUGGCCUACGUGCCUGAAAAAGUUGUUUAAUCUUCAGAAAUCAAACAAAAUUUCACCAGUGUGUGUCAGCAGACCUAAUUACUGCCCUGCUAUGUGUUCCUUGUUUUGCUCUUCUGUAUGCUUUUCAGCAUGAACCUAGACUGAAGGAAAUGAUUUCUUUUUUAAAUGCUUUAUCACUUUUUACCUUUUGUAUUAUGUAAAUUUUUAACAAUUAAAAAAAGCUAUUGUAAGUCAUCUUGACUCCUAACAUUGUUCACAUUGUUGGUUGUAAGUAAAAGUUUGAGACAACAACCAACUCCAAGUAAGAGUUUAUGCCAUCAAAGCAAGGAAGGUCAGAAAGUCAAUGAAGAAGCACCUUUUGAAAGAACUGUUUAUUGAUACUGAAAUUUGUGUGUUUAUUUCCUGGUUGACACAAACUCCUCAUGUGGUCCUUUAAAAAAAUAUCACAACAUUGCCUCACACUUUUCCAAUUCUGUUAAGUGUCCCCUAACCCCAUCCUCUAGGUGGGAGAAGUAUGUUCUUUGGGGCUGGUAUCAGGGUAGUACAUAUUUAGGGCUUGCUGCCCUACCAAAAAAAGGGCUAUCUCAGUCCAAAGAAGAGAAAGAAGCUAAUGGUCUAAACAAAAAGAAAAAUGAGGCAACAGAGGAAUUGUCAAAGAGUCCCACCAAAAAAGCACCUUGAAAAACAGAACAGAAACAGCAAUGUAUAUUUUACUUAGCAAAAAAUUAAUCCCAAUAGCCCCUGAAUACAAUGGUACUCCACCGAAGACAGAGGCUGCUUUGCCAUUUUAAUCACUGCAAAGGGAAAUGAAGAAAAACCAAAGGCUAAAGCACAAAUAAAAUUAAUUUCCUAUAGGAGAUCCUAUGGAAAGUAUCAGAAGAUGCUUCUUCACAUAGUUGUUGCUAUACUAGAAGCAAGCUGCUCAGAAUCCCUAAACCCCUUCUUUUAACAUCAAAAAAGAGGUGGACCUAAGUGGUCAUAUUGUUAUUAAAAGGCUUUUAACUGUGGGUCCUUCCAGAGUCUAAUGCAGCAGCUUGUUGUGGCAAGGCUCACCAGAGUUACCAUAUCUAUGUAGAGGAAGGAAGGUUAAUACCACAAAGGAUUUUUGUAGGAAAGUGCUUGCUCAUUUAAUCAAUAACAAAACCAACUCUAGAAGGAAAUAAGGGAAGCUGUGAUUUGACAAACAAUGUCGCUAAAUCAAAAGUUAAUCAAGAGGGAAAGUGCCACAGAUCACUUGCUGAGGUUGCUCUGCCAUAAUCUGGUGAGGUUCAAUAAUAGUUUGGCAUUUAAACUUCACAAGAGAGAGGGAACUCACCAGGCAGGGCAGCACAGAACCUUAAACAGAUUAACCAGAAAUGUCGCCAAAAGGAGCCAGACACAAGCACACGUCUUAAUAGCCACAAUGGCAACUACCGAUCAGGCCUGGUUUUGCAGUUUUUUUAUUCAGCUUGAUGCUCUUUACUGAGUUAAGGAGAUGUGGAUCUCCCUUCUGCCUUCCAGUUCUAAAACAAAUUAUCAGUUUCAAGCACCCCUCUGAAGAGAAGAAACAUAAUUCCAGGUCUGUGUGACAAUUAACAGUUUCCAUCCCAAGAGUCCUGAGACCUGGGCUUGGCCACAUGUGGCUAAUAAAUGCUGGAAGGGAGGAGGUUGCCUCUCUGGGUCAGUAGGCAUAGUGUUUUGUUCCCUGCAGAGCAGGCAGUGCUGUGAAGGAGAGCACAUGAGGGGUCGUUAGCAGCUCUGACAUACAGGGGCAGGCAGAGAAAAGAGAGCAGGUGUUUCAUGGUCACAAUUGUGAGGGGGCAUCCUCAAAAGUUAUGAGGCUGGAUUCCUGGUUGGCUGCUUUUCCUGCUGUAAGAGUGUCCCGGCUCUUUUCUGGUAGCAAUGGAUCAUCGGCCUUCAUGCUGUCUUCUUCUUCAUCCUCUUCCAUGCUAGGCCAUGCUGACUGAUCUUCCACACGCUUCAAACGUUCAUUCAGAGCCUUCAGGGCCAAUUGUCUGUGGAAUGAGAAAAGGAUUCAAGGUCAACACAGGUUAGUUUGAUGUGCUAUAUUUCAAGGAAGAGGAGUCUUCUAGUACUAGCCAUCAAAAGCAUCCAUAUCUAUCUAUGGAUGAGAGGUACAAAGCAACACCUAAACAUCAAAGAUUCAUUUUUUACCUAUCCACCCCAUUUCAUUCACCUUAUGUAGAAAACAAACUCUGGUCAAUUCAUUUUAUUACACUGUACAGUUGCCUACACCAUAUCAAAAUUAAAUGCUCUCAUUUUAUUUUAUGUCCAAUACUGUCUGAAAUGCAUCUACCAUUAGAGAUUAAACUUCAUAACAUUCAAAGCAAUGUGUAGAUAAUAAACUCUACUUUCCUGUACAAGAGUAGUUGUACAGUAUUUAUGUGAUAGAUAUCUCACAUAAACAUACAUAGAAAAGAAGGGAAUAGAUGAGUAAACAGAGAUGGAUGGAUGAAGGUAAAAGAGAGAAGAAAUUCAUGAAAGUAAGUUACUGAAGAAGUUGGGUAACAGUACUGGGAAGAAUUUAGUGAUGUGGCUUACUGAGAAUGGCUAUAAUCUGAAGAUCUCAAAAUGGAGAAAUUACAUGACAAACAUGCAAAUUAAAAAAUAUGUGUUAUUGAGAGCCACCAUGAUAUAGUGGCUUGAGUGUUGGACUGUGGAGACCAGGAUUUCAAUUCCCUGCGUGACCAUGGAAAUCCACUGGAUGACCAUGAGUGAGUAACCAGAAAAAUCUGUGACAGGGUUGCCAUAAAAUUGUGUUUUAAAUAAUCUUUAUUGAAGUUUUGCGUAUACAUAAAUUAAAACUACUGUAUUGGGUAUCAGGGGGAGGUAGGGGCAGGGGUAUAAUUAGGGUUAGGGGGUAAAAAGAGGAAGGGGAGCUGCUAGAGGUUGGGAGUGAAGAGAGGGGUAGGAGAGGAGGCAUGGGGUGAGGGGGGGAGGGGGGUGUUGGUCUUCCUUUGUCUUCCAUAUCGGAUGUUGAAGUCAUCUAUUUGUCGUUUUUCUUUCUGUCUUUAUUGUGAAAUAUAGUUUCUAAGCUUUUCCCAGUUUGUUUGUUUAAUGCUUUUUCCUCUGGACUCUUUUAGUAAAAAUGUUAGUUUGUCCAUUUCUUGUAUUUCUAUCAGUUUCUGAAGCCAAGCUUCUUUCGAUGGAAUUUCAGCCACUUUCCAAUAUUUGGCAAAGACUAUUCUUGCUGCUGUGGAACUGUACAUAAAUAAAAUGUCGUCAUUUUUAUCGAA